ACACAUUGGUGUGAGAUUUCUUCUUUCUGUUUGCAAAGUUGCAGCAGUAGUAGCAACUUUGCAAUCUGUACACUGACUUCAGUGGAUGGAGACAUAUUUGAAGCUGUGUGUCUAAUAGUUUGCCCCCAAGAUGAAUUCUAAGGGACUGGCUGUUUUGAGUUGCUGUCUUCUCCUCUUUGUUUGGGCUGAAUGCCAAAAAGAAAAGCCCUCCAAAACUACUGAGAAGAAGGCCACAAAGGAGCUGAAAGCCAAAGAGAACAAGUUUUCAAGAGCAGCUGGUAAAAAGGUACCACAGGGAUCAUCAAAAUUUCUAAAGAAAGGCCAAGCCAAGCCCAUGAAUGUCACUCCCAGUCAAAGGCAGCCUUCACCCCUGUCUAUUCUGACCCGUGCAGUAGCCAAGGGGCAAUUCCAGAAGGUCCCUGACACAUUGGUGCUAAGGGCAAGAGAAAUGCUGGACUUGCGCUGCAAAGGAAAAAUGGUCAAAUGGAGAUAUCCUCCUUACCUGGACGAUGAUGACACUGACAGGCGUCUCAGAAUCAAACACUUUGAGAGGCACAGUCAGCUGAUUGUUGUCAACUCCACUGCUGCAGAUACUGGCGAGUAUAGCUGUUGGUCUUUCCAGUGCUAUGACAGUGAGUGUCACAAUGGAGAAGACAAGCUGGGGAAAACAUACAUCUUCUUCACAGACCCUCAGGAGCUAUUUGUACCUACAGAAGAUUACUAUGAAGUGAUCCAGAUGCGUACAAACCACCCCACUCUUCUCCCAUGCCAAGUGACGAAUCCACUUGCCAAAGUGACAUUGCACCGGGAGUUCCCACCUGAGAAUGUUGCAGUGGAUGGCAUAGACAUCUCCUAUGAAGUGAAGAGAGGGUUCACGAUCCACCACCCACGUCCCUCCCAUGCUGGCUCCCUGUUCUGCAUGGCAGAUAUGAAUGGAGUGAGGCAGAUAUCCACAAAAUAUAUGCUGAUUUAUGUGAACUAUCCCUCCUCAGUUCCCAAACCAGCUAUCCAAGCCUCAGCAGCCUCGUUUCACAUUGGAGACAAUUUCAAUGUCACUUGCACCGUAUUUGGGGAACCAGAGAUUGCUGUCGAUUUCAUGUGGGAAUAUCCAGGCCAACAAAUCGGGAGACCACCGUAUGUCCGUGAACGUACAGACCUGGUACGACAGGGCGGGCAAGUGCAGCAGGAGUCUGAAAGCAUCCUUUAUAUUGAUGAAGCUCGUGCUGUGGAUGAUGGGCUGUACAGCUGCACUGCAGAAAAUCUCCAGGGCACCACCACAGUGUCUACUCAGAUUCACUUGCUUCAAACCACCCUGGCCCCAAGGAAGGCAAAAACUGGGUAGCCACCUGUGCGGCUGAAAGUCCCAGCUAUACUUGGAAAUCCCAAAGCUAAAAAGCUGCUGUCAUAAGCAAAAGGAUGGGGCUGCCAGAAUGCAGACUAGAAAGGGCUCCUAUACCUUUCAUGGUUGUGUAAAAGAAGGAAUUUCAGCAGAUGUUGCUUGUCAUGCAACUAGGUAACAAGAAGCACGUGUGGAAAUUCUCCCUUCUACAUAUCAAUUAAAGGUACAGAAGCCCUCUUAGAUUUUCAGUCUGGCAACCUGAAGAGUUGUCUUCUGUGUAGUUACACUUAAUGCCUUCUUAGGUCCCAAACACACUGCCAAAACAAUCCACUUUGACACCAUUUUAAUGGCUCUGG